UCCGAUCACUUUCCCCGCGAUCUCUCUCUCACCGUCGGGAAAUUUUCAAAAGAAAAAAAAAAAAAAACAAGACAGCGAGAGGAUAACGCAAAAUUUCUUUCCAUUUUCCGUUUUAUUUGCUGUUAAUUCAAUUGUUUUUUGUGCUGUUUCAACAUGGAAGAUUAUGAUUCUAUUCUAAUUGAGGAGAAACUACUUAACGGCGUUAAUAUCGGAGAAGAUCACGGGUGGCAAACGGUGUCGUAUCAGAAGAAAAACAAAAAGCAAUCACUGAAGAAGCAGCCGGAAGAUGACUGGAACGCCGGCGUCGAGAGCUCCGGCGGUGAUGUUUUCCGAUCGAUCGAGGAACAUGCGGAGGAGAGACGGAAGCGAAUAGUUGAGGCUCAGAAGCUCUACGAAGCUGAAAAUUCAACCGCCGUUAUUGAUAACGGUAACGGCGAGGAGUAUGGUAGCAGUGACGGUGAAAACGCCGCCGCUGUUAGUGGUGGUGCCGUCGUUGAGAAGAAAAGUAAACCGAAGAAGGCGAAGAAACCGAAGGUUACAGUUGCCGAAGCUGCUGCGAAGAUCGAUAACUCUGAUCUCGUUGUUUUUCUCGUUGAUAUAUCAGCGUCGUAUGAGAAGCAGGAAGAUAUACAGCUAAUGAGAUUUGCGGAUUACUUUGGACGUGCAUUUGCGAAAGUGAGUUCAUCACAGUUCCCUUGGAUGAAGAUUCUCAGGGAAUCCGCAGUUGAAAAAAUGGUUGAUAUCCCUCUUUCUCAAAUUUCUGAGGAUGUCUAUAAGACAUCAAUUGACUGGCUUAACCAGCGAUCGUUUGAUGCUCUUGGUUCCUUUGUGUUAUGGUCAUUGGAUAGCAUUCUUGCUGAUCUUGUACAGCACCAAGGAGCUUCAAAGGGAUCCAAAAAGGUGGUUCAGCAAGUACCUUCAAAAUCUCAGGUUGCCAUGUUUGUGGUUCUAGCAAUGGUAUUGCGACGGAAACCUGAUGUUUUAAUCAGUCUCUUGCCAAUAAUGAAUGAAAAUGCGAAAUACCAAGGACAAGAUAAGCUUCCAGUCAUGAUUUGGGCAAUCACUCAGGCUUGCCAAGGUGAUUUGAUCGUGGGAUUGUUCAUGUGGGUACAUUUUCUUUUACCAAUGUUAAGCAGUAAAUCGAACAGUAAUCCACAGGCGAGAGACUUAAUCUUACAGUUGGCUGAGAGAAUUGUAUCCUUGCCAAAAGCUCGUGCUAUCCUCAUGAAUGGUGCAGUGAGAAAGGGAGAACGCGUUGUGCCUCCAUCAGCUCUUGAGGUUUUGAUGAGGAUCACCUUCCCAUCACCUUCUGCUCGAAUCAAGGCCACUGAAAGGUUUGAAGCUGUGUAUCCCACACUGAAAGAGGUCGCUCUUGUUGCUUCCCCUGGGAGCAAAGCAAUGAAGCAGAUAACACAGCAGAUAAUGCUUUUUGCUAUCAAAGCCGUUGCAGAAGGAGUCCCUGAGCUAACAAGGGAAGCUAGUGAGCUAUCUAUGUGGUGUUUGACUCAGAACCCUGACUGUUACAAGCUGUGGGACAAUGUUUAUCUGGACAAUGUAGAAGCAAGUCUAAUAAUAAUAAAGAAGCUGUCUUCAGAGUUCAAGGUGCAUUCUGCUAAGGGACCUGGUCUUGAUCCCUUGAAGGUGGCCUUAAACAGUAUCCGACUUAAGAGUGAGAAGGCAUUGGCCAGUGUGGAUGAUGCCGCCCGUCAAGCAUCCUUGAAGGAAGUGCAGAAGCACAGCAAGAUUUUGCUCGGGCGCUUAUCCCAUGGCAACGGAUGUGUGAAAGCUCUCCUUCUUAUCGGUAUCACAGUGGCUGUCGGUGCUGCUUUUGUCUCAAAGGACUUGCAGUCCCUGGAUCUCAAGAAACUGUUGGCUGUCGUCUCUAAGGACUUGCAGUCCCUGGAUCUCAAGAAACUCCUGGCCGAUCUCAACUUGGCUUGAUACUUCCCCUCUCAUUAGAGGAGGGUUGUAAGUCAAAUCACCUUACCUUGCUUUGUUAUAUGUCUAAAUUAUGUUCCGGCGCAGAGAAGAUAGGCGGCCCAUAACAAAAUGGGUAGAGAUUGAGAUGUUAUAGGGAAAAAAUAGAUACAGUAGAUAUGAUGCCUAAGUUUGUGGCCUCAUUUUUACAGGGUUUGUGUUUUUUUUAAAGUUUCUAUGAAACAGAACUAUUUAAGUAAUCAAGUUUGGUUGACUGAAUUCUGUUUGGUUUUCCUUUUCCAAACCAUUUUCAAAUGAUUUGAAAUGGUUUUAUAUAUAUGAACGGAAUGUAAGAUGGCUAUGGUUGAAAAUCUUUCCCUUGACU